CUAGGCGGAGCGUAAAUGGUCCGACUCUGUUUACAUUUCCUCUUUGGCUGUAAUUCAAACAUCUCACACGCGCGUAAAUAUUUUCAUUGUUCGGAUCCUAGAAAAUUUUGCAAAAACAUCUGUGCAAUAUAAAAGUGUGGCAAUUUGUUUACAACGUCAAUAAUUAUCAAGAUACUCGUAUUCAAGCUUCGGUUAAGAACUGUAACUGUAAUUAUAUUCAUUAAUUAAAGUGCAAUAUAUUAACGCGGGAACAUUACUAAAUACGUGCGCGGUGUCACGAUUUAUCAUUUUUAUUUAUAACAUUUAAAUAUAGAUAGUUUAAUAGUUGAUAAUGUCGUUAAGUAAAGGUAUUCGCCACCUUAGAAACAGAUCUCCUCAUUUAAAGCAGUAUUACUCCGGAAGUUCGAAUACAGUCAGCCCCUCAAAAUUGCAAAUGAAGGUGAUGUCUUUAACGCAGUGGAAAUUCCUAAACAACCUAAGACUUUACAUUACUAAGUUUUCCAACAAUAAAAAGCUGCAAAAUGUCAUCAACAAGGAAAUUACGCAAUUGCUACAAAAGCUUCAACCGUCCGUUUACGGAAGUGACGUACGAUUUAUUGAAACAAAAAACGUACCCACAAUCCCUGAGGACAGUACCACUACUGCAGUUGAGACAAAAGCUGACGGUGGGUAUGCGUUACCCAAUGUCUUGCAAGGCUUAAGAAGCAAGAAAAGUUCGACCGAAGGCGAAGUGAAGGUGAUCACACCAAAAUGGAAAACGUCACCUGCUGUCUCGUCCAAAUCAUUGAUAUUAACAAAGGCGAAUAAGCUGAUGACCUCCGUAGCAAUAGCGCAAAGUGACGAUUCGAAAAUACACAGAAUUGAAGAGCUGCUCGCUCAUAUUAAACAAUUUCCUGAAGUAAAACGACAAAUCAUUAAGGAUGGAGUUAUUAGAAUGUUAUUGAGAGUGCAGCGACAUUCUUCUCACGGUGACGUGCACGCCGUAAUCAAUGAAGCGUUUGCGUUACUCGGCCAUUGUAAACCUCUACCGGGCUACGGAAUUCGAAUUUUAUCAAUUGACGGAGGUGGGACAAGGGGACUACUUGUAAUUGAAAUGCUCAGAAAGCUGGAGGAAUUGACUGGGAAACGGAUUUACGAACUGUUUGAUUACAUAUGCGGAGUUAGUACAGGCGCAAUCAUCGCAUGUUCCACAGGAGUAUUUCGAAGAGAUUUGGAUUAUCUCACGAAUCUUUAUCGUGAAAUUAGCAAUAAAGUCUUUACGCAAUCUGCUUUUUGGGGGACCGGAAAUUUGGUGUGGAGCCAUUCGUAUUACGACACCACUUUGUGGGAAAAAAAUCUCAAGGAAUACUUUGGACAGAUAGAGUUGAUACAAUCUGCUCGUGACCCAAAGUGUCCUAAAGUUGCCACCAUUUCUGCUAUUGUGAAUCAGACUACCGUUACACCCUAUGUGUUUCGUAAUUACUCUUUGCCAUGGGAAUUUCAGUCUCAGUAUAUGGGGGGUCAUAAUCACAAAGUUUGGGAAGCAGUAAGGGCCUCGGCUGCCGCCCCCACUUACUUUGAGGAAUGUAAAUUGGGUAAUUUGCUUCACCAAGAUGGAGGAAUUUUAGUUAAUAACCCAACAGCAGUUGCCAUCCACGAAGCCAAGCAGAUAUGGCCCAACUACCCAAUUCAAUGUGUCGUUUCUUUCGGAACGGGACGCACGAUACCAUCCCAUUUAGAGCUAACCGAAGAGUCAACCAGUAACAGUUCGUCGUGGAAAACAAAAUUUUUGAAAAUUCUUGACAGCGCUACCGAUACUGAAGCAGUUCACACAAUGCUAAAUGACUUGUUACCUGUUAAUGUUUAUUAUCGUUUCAAUCCCUACUUAACUGAAAUGUUAAGCAUGUCCGAGAUAAAUCCCUCAAAGCUGGAGCAACUAGAACGAGAUGCACUUAUGUAUCUUAGACGAAACGAAGACAAAUUUCAACAUGCCGCAAAAGCGUUAUGUGCCACAAAGGGACCGGCCCAGAAAAUUAUGGACUGGGUUAGUUUAAAGGGUGAAACGAUAAUGUCUAUAAUUAAAUGAGUUGUAGUCGCAAUUGUGUGUUUCACAUUCUUAAUUCUGUGUAAUUCACAAAAAUAGAAAGCUUCAUAAAGGGGCGUAUUAGUUUUGUCUGUGAUCAUUUUAUAACAAUG